GGCAGCGGCGCCGGGCAGCGCAGCGGCGAGCAGCGCGGCGGGCAGCGCGGCGGCGCCAUGCUCGGCCUGGACGUGUGCGAGGCCGGCGGGCAGCUCCUGGAGCUGCUCUGGCUAGCGCUGUGCUACCGAGACAUCAUGGCGGACAAGGAGGGGGUGACGCUGUCGCUGGAGGAGGAGGAGGAGGAUGCCGACGUGGCCCUGGCAUACAGGACGCCGGCGAAAAAGAGCCUGCAGGAGAUCCAGCAGCUGGACCCGGGCGACGAGAGCCUGAGGAAGUACAAGCAGGCGCUGCUGGGGGCCAUUCCGGUGGCCGUGGAUGCCCGUGUGCCCAACGUGCAGGUGAUGAGGCUCACCUUGGUGUGCGAGCAGGCGCCAGGGCCCAUGAUCAUGGACCUGACAGGUGACCUGGAGGCGCUGCGGAGCCGGUCCUUCGUGCUGAAGGAGGGGGUGGACUACAGGGUGAAGGUGUCCUUCAAGGUCAACAGGGAGAUCGUCUGUGGCCUGAAGUGCCUGCACGUCACGUACCGCCGGGGCCGGCCGGUGGACCGCGACGUCUUCAUGGUGGGCAGCUACGCGCCGCGGGCCCAGGAGUACGAGGUGGUGACGCCGGGCGAGGAGGCGCCGCGGGGCCGCCUGGCGCGCGGCGCCUACCGCGUCCGCUCGCUGGUCACGGACGACGACAGGACGCAGCACCUCUGCUGGGAGUGGGGCCUGCGCAUCGAGAGGGACUGGGAGGGCUGAGCGCCGCCGGGGCCGCCCGCCGCCCCGCGCUCUGCAACCAAAGUUAUUUUUAACCGCUCUCGGUUUUAUUUAUUUAUCUAUCUAUUUAUUUAUUGAUUUAUUUUCCCCCCCCACCCGUUUCCUUUCUUUGUAAAAACGCGGCUGCCCGCGCCGGGCAGGCGGCGCCGCCCGCUCGCCCGGCGCCAUUAAACCGUGCAGACUCGG